UAGUUACAUUAAAAAACCUGUUCUCAGGCUGAAAAAAACAUUACUCAUAUCUGAGCCUCAGCAGGGCUGGUAAGCACUAAGGAGUUUGUUAUUUUAAGCCAAUUGUUAACUUAUUUAAAGCAUUUCUGCAUACUUGGCCCAACAUGUCAUCUUUUUUUACUUCGGUCAUGAACAGUGGGGCGGAGACUAAAGGCCCUUGGCGUUGAAGACAUCCCCUCUCCUCAUUGGCUGCCUAUAGGUCCGCUGCGACCCCCAUGCACCUGUAGAGGGGCUCGGCCUCAAUUCUUCCCCUCGCAUCGGCACCGGAGGGUCGGCUGUGUGGUAUGAACGAGGAAAGCUGUUUGAAAUCUAUGAAAAGAGAAAAAAAAAUCCAUUCCGGCGUUGGAACAUGACACCCGCACUCAGGACAAAUCGCAAUUUACCCCAAAAUGUCAAGUUUAUUUUCUGACAAAUGCGUCAUUUUAAACCCUAAAGCCCAAAACACACAGGCUAAAAAAAACUUUUCUCAGUUCUCCUGAACAUCCUCGCAUGUGAAAAGGAGACGAAGCCACAGCCUUUUGUCGACGGGGAGGAGGAUACAGGAAAGACUCCGCGCGCACCAGCUCAUCACACGGCGCCCAACCUCCGGGCGCACCGCACUCUCCGUUGCGCACUCCGCCGCUCAGAAUAUGGAGAAUAAAAUGAGCACCAUCAUCAGCACCUCCUCGAUGGCCGACUCCGCCGAGACGAGAGUAAGCGGCUUGAUCGAAGCGAGUUUCAUUAAUGCUAAAUUAUCCAACGAGUCGCAGCCUCUGACCUGCAUGUCCUCAACCGCGCGUCAUUUUGGAAACGUCGGCCCGCUGUUCCACGGUGUGAGUACGAGCGGCGGCGACGGGCCCGCUUUCAAAGACUUCGCGAUGCAGGAUGCCCCACCCGGGGUAAAACAGUUCUACGACCGCGGCGGAGGUGGUGAAUACCUGAAGUGUGACGGAGUGCCGUGGGAGGAUUUCGCGAGAGUUCGGAGGAUGAACGCGGCCACCUCCGAAAGUUUGCCGAGCGCAAGUUUGAGCCUCUCCUCGUCGAUAGCGGCUUUCAAGUUCAUCAAAGACGAGAAGGAGCCCUCUGUGAUUAUGGAGUCCCCCUGUCCCAGCUUCGAUCCGGCGUCGGAGAUGCCCGCCCUGGACACCCGCUGCGACGGCGACGGGAAGAUGGUGCUGAGCGACGGGGAGUCGUCGGGCUUCGCGCCGGGCGCGGUGGGUCCUCGGGCGGGGCUGGAGGGAUCUCCGAACUUCCUGGUGGACCCGAACCAGUCGGAGCAGCUGCCGGCGCUCGGACAGGUGAGGACCAACUCCAGGUCCGGCUCGUCCGGGAAGGCCGUCAUGAACUUUGAGGCCGACGCGAACAUGGGCCAGCAGCUGACGGUGUACAAGGGCGAAGUCCCCCGUUGGCCGGCGCAGACGGCUCCGGCCGAGCCGCAGUACUGGUGUCAGUCCGCGGGGGUGACCGAGGACCUGUUCACGCACGGCGGCUACGACGGGAUCCAGAACCAGGCCAUGACGCACAGGAACCCGGCACCUUUCUCCGCAUUCCCCGGUAUGCCACCUCAGCGGCUGUGUGUGAUCUGUGGGGACGAGGCGUCCGGUUGCCACUACGGAGUCUUGACCUGCGGCAGCUGCAAAGUCUUUUUCAAGCGAGCAGUUGAAGGUCAUCACAGCUAUCUCUGCGCUGGGCGAAAUGACUGCAUUGUGGACAAGAUUCGACGGAAAAAUUGCCCCGCGUGCCGCCUUCGAAAGUGCUACCAAGCUGGAAUGAUGCUCGGAGGCAGGAAGCUGAAGCGCUUCGGGGCCUUGAAAGCGUUGGGUUUCCCCCCUUCCAUGAUGUUCCAGUCCCACCUGGCCAUGUCCAGCGACAACCAGGCCUUGACCUCCAUGUCUUGCAUUCCGGGCAUCUGCGAGGUGCAACUCUCCCAGCAGAUCCUCAACAUCCUGGAGAACAUCGAACCGGAGACCGUGUACUCGGGCUACGACAGCAGCCAGUCCGAGGGCCCGCACAUUCUGCUCAACAGCCUCAACAGGCUGUGUGAGAAGCAGCUGCUGUGGAUCGUCAAGUGGUCCAAGUCCCUGCCAGGUUUUCGCAAUCUUCACAUCACCGAUCAGAUGACCCUCAUCCAGUACUCGUGGAUGAACCUGAUGGUGUUCUCUCUCGGGUGGCGCUCCUUUCAAAACGUCACCAGCGAAUAUUUAUACUUCGCCCCUGAUCUGGUUCUCAGUCAGGAGCAAAUGAGGAGAUCUCCGAUUUACGACCUGUGCCUGGCAAUACAGUUUAUCCCCCAAGAGUUUGCCAAUCUCCAAGUGACCCGCGAGGAAUUUCUCUGCAUGAAAGCCAUAAUAUUACUCAACACUGUGCCUCUCGAGGGACUCAAAAGCCAGGCAGCAUUCGAAGACAUGAGACAGAACUACAUCCGGGAGUUGACCAAAGCCAUCCACAUGAGGGAGAAGGGCUUGGUGGCGAGCUCACAGCGCUUCUACCACCUCACCAAACUGAUGGACGCCAUGCACGAUAUAGUGAAAAAGGUCAACCUGUUCUGUCUGAGCACUUUCAUCCAGGCGGACGCCAUGAGGGUGGAGUUUCCAGAGAUGAUGUCAGAGGUCAUUGCCUCCCAGCUCCCCAAAGUCCUGGCAGGGAUGGUGAAGCCCCUGGUGUUCCACACCAAGUGAACACAAGCCAGCACAGAUGAUGGUGAUUGGAUUUUUCGCCCCCCACAAUUACUAUAUUAUUUAUGGCCUUUAACUAUUGUAGUCGGUCAUCUAUGCUUUCACCAAUUGCCUUUGAGGGUCUGUAACUGUGAAACGGAAUGAAAAAACACAUUCCUCAAAAAUAUGUUUUCAGUACGGAGCUAUAUUAUAGAUUUAGAAGUGCCUAAUAAUGAAGCUCCGCGGUUUCAUUCCGGUGUGUCCAACGGGUCCCCUCCUAUAGUUUGGGUUUAAAAUAGCUGAUACAAGUAGGUUUUAAGAACAACUAAAUCAUAUUUUUGUACUGAAGCAAAGAAAUGAUCGUGGACAAAAAUGUCAAAUAAUCAACUGCCUCCCCAACAUUUUAUUCAGGAGACACUGAAACCAGCCACUAAUGAAGUUGGGGAUAUUAGGGAGACUCACUGUACCAACUUGAGGGGGGAAGACACUGGGGAAAUAUUUGUUAAAAAACUUUUAGAACAAGAGAUUUGGGGAAAGUGCAGUAAUUCAUAAACGUUUUUUCCACUGUUCUGCCUUUUUUAAAUGUUAAACUGAGUCUCUGAAACCCACAAACUGUCAGAAAGAAUUAGGAACACAGGUCCAAUAAAUCACACUGUUUAUUUAUAGACAUGUUGAUGCACUGUCAGGGUACAGUAGAUGAAGGCAAGGAAACAAGCUUGCCAUAUAUAAAAAAAGGAAUGCCAAAAGUUACAUAUUUAAGAUAUUAAUACCACUUCCCCUGCCAAUUCAGAGUGUAAGGGAGUUUUAUUCCAUUAUGAAUGCUCAAGGUCGCCUCGCACUCUUAAAAAUGUAAAUGGGAAAAGAACAUCCUGAUCUUUGCACAUGCAAGAUUUCAAACAGUUUACCCGAAAACAUUUUUGGUCUUUCUUUGAAAUACAUUUUCAGUUUGUAAUAACUGAAGAGCAAAAGUGUUGAUGAUUAUUUUCUUACUUCUUUAUUUCUGAAAUAGUAUCACUGUUAAAAAGUUACCUUUAUUCAAUAAUCAUUGACCUUGUAGUUAGGAAAUGUUGUGACUUUAUAUAAAAUUGAAAUAUCACAUGGUAUCGUUAACAUAAUAUAAUCUGAAACAUGUCUUGUUAUCAUUACUGGUACAACAGUGUACCGAUGAGUACAGUACCACACGGGUCAUUCAACUCCAUGACAACAAAAAAACAACACAUUUUUACACAUAUAUUUGAUGUGAUAAUUUAUAGUAAUAAACAGUUAAACAAAGUGAAUAUUUUGAUUAGCAUCUGCAGAAGGACUCAUGAGGAUGAAUGUACAGUACAGUGCCGUGUUGCUGACCAGAAAGUGCACUGCAGCAGUGAGCAGCUUCAGUGGAUGAACAAUGAUCACCUGCCACAAACAUGAAGGUUAAGGUGCAAACCCAUUCUGCUUUUUCUAUUAGGUUCUAAUAGACCAGAUUAGUAUCGAUAUGUCAAAUCACAGUUUGUUUCAAUUGCAGCAACUGGAGAAUGUUUAUGGAUCUGCAGACUUCCAUUGAUUAAAGGAAAGUGUUCUGUCGAUACAGUGGGAAAGUUAAAAGAUAAUAUAUUUCUGAGAAUAAAACUUGUGAAAUUGA